AUGACCGAUGAAGCUGAAUCGCCUACCCGGAGAAAGACGUUUCCUCUGGCGGGAGGGCACGGCGUUGCUGGCCCCAGUGACCCAGAGAUCCGGGUGAAUUGUGGCAAGAGGUCAUCGUGCCGUGUACCCUGUGAGAGCGGUAUAAGGCUGACGCCCAACCUGACGCUGGUGCUGGGCACGGCCAUGAUGACGAUGACCAUGGCGCUGAUUCCGGUGUGUCACGUGCUAGCCGUGCUGGCCGUGGUGCUGGCCAUCAUGGGCUUCUUCAUGGGGUGCAUCGACACCGUCUCCAACGUGUACAUGAUACGCAUAUACUCAAAGGACGUCUCGCCCUUCCUACAAGCGCUGCAUUUCUUCUAUGGCAUCGGGGCGUUCGUGAGCCCGAUGAUCGCGCAGCCGUUCCUGCUGAACGAGGACUGUUCGGUGUUCAUCGACAACAGCACGGAAUCCAUGCUGGACCAGGAGGACAUGAAUCUUUCUGGGGGAGGCCUUCCGGCUACCUCGCUCGCUGAGGCCCAACGCAAGACGCACAUCGACUACGCAUUCUGGAUCAUGGCCCUGCUCAUGGGGAAAUGUUUAUAUAAAAAAAGAAAAAAAAAUGGGAGUCAUGAUGUUGUUGAUAAAGUAUUCUUCGAUCCGAAGGUCCCCGUGGUCCUGUUGGCGCUGUCCUUGGUGGCAAAGCAGUGGUACCGGCGGCGCCUUGCAUCCCAGGAUCCGGGAACCAAAAAGGCCUGGUACGAAUCCGUGGACGACCCAUCUGUACCAGCCAUCCCGGACAAGACGGGCAAGGCGACGGGUACCUCACAGAUCAUUCUGGUUGCGCUCCUCACCGCGGCCAUGAUGUUCCUCUAUGACGGACUUCAGGCUGCGUACGGUGGCUACAUCUAUUCCUACGCCGUGAAGGGAGCUGCGCGUCUUCCAAGAUCUGACGCUGCCUACCUCAACGCCCUCUUCUGGGGCAUGUUCGCCAUGGGUCGGCUCAUAUCCAUCGUCCUGGCCACCAAGUUGGCCCCGGCCCUCAUGCUGCUGUGCAACGUGUGCGGCUGCACGCUGGGCGUCACCCUGAUGCUAUGCGUCCCCUGGAGCAAGGCCGUGCUCAUCAUGGGCACCAUGAUGAUGGGCAUCUUCAUGAGCAGCGUCUUCCCAACUGCCCUGUCGCUCGCCGAGCAGUGCAUUUACGUGUCACCUCGUAUAACAAGCACGCUAGUCUUCGGCGCAGCGCUGGGUGAGAUGUCGAUGCCUGUCAUCUUGGGACACGAGUUUCACCGCAUAGGACCCACAGCGUUUCCAAUCACCUGCAUGGCCCUAUGCGUGCUCUCGUGUGUCGUCUACGUUGGCCUCUGGGCUGUGGGCCACCAACUUACCGGAGGACGAGGCCUCAUCACUGCCUGGCUGUUCGGAGCCAAGCCCGAAUGCGGCGAGGAUUCCGGCCUGAUGACGCAGCACGUGCGCUAUUAUUCGCGCAUGCGCAGUGAUUUGUCUGACAACAGCGUCGACGAACACGAGAGCACACUCACUUCCGGUCCGGACCAGCCGGCCACGCAGCAAGCGCCGCCUGCCGCCGUCACGUCUCCCGUCGCCCCGUCGGGCGGUUCGCUCAACCCGUUUCAGCAGUAGUAACGGCGACGUCCUUAUAUGACGCCUACUUAACCAAAGCUACCAAACGGUGGCUAUAGGUCCCCGUCGGUACGUGACACUCGGACACGUGGUCUGUCAGCGAACUCGGCACUAUGUGGGAAAGGAGCUGCAAUUUUCUUCCAAACAAAGCGGAUUCAUCCAUGUCGUGUUGCCAUGUCAGCAGCACGGGUCAGAUGAUGAAGUGUUGCCGCAUCUGUGAGCUCAGUGGACAGUUCUUUCUUUGUCCACUGCCGAACGAAAAAGUUUACUGUAUAGCAAGGGGCGUUUUCGGAUGGCAGCAGGACAUGGUUGAACCUUUUCAAUGCGGAGUUUUUAGCGUGGGGCACACCCAUUUCCAAUAAUACAGCGUGUGAGCUCUUUAAGCGUACUACUAAUUAGUCAAACACGAAUGUCGGAAAACUUACACAAGAAUGGCACUGUCGCGGCUGCUUAUGCCACUGCAUUCAACCAAAGAUCGUAGAAAUGUUAAACUGAGCGACAGUGUUCAUUUAUGAAUGUGUUCAUCUUAUGUGUCGGCGCAGACAUUUGGUUGAAUACGGCGUCAUAAAAUGUCGCCAGCUGAGCUGCCGCUACGGCCUAUGCCAUUCCACAAUCUCGUAGGUGGCUAGUCCUGUACGUGUAUGCUGCGCUAAAAAAGAGCUCUGUUGCCUAAUGGCCAUGAUACUGGAGAAGUAGACAGAAACAAUUCUUUGAUCCUGACUGGGGAUAUCGCGUGAUGCCGUAAACUGAGCACGCAAAACAUGUAUGGCAAUGAGCGAAUGUGUAGUGCUAACCUGCGGCCAUAAUGAUGCUGGCAGAUCCAUUGUCUUCACAACAAAAGCUUUGGCUCUUCAAUUGUUCUGUAUAUGUGCAGAAGGAUCGUGCAAGUCAGUGACGUUUGUAUUGCAUUUUUGUCCAACAAUGCGCCUCACACUAUCGCCACCAGCUUUGGUGUUCUCGUGUGCACUUCAUGGUAAUUAUAGGUGGUUGUAAUUUGCGUACAUAAGUUUACAAAGGUCUAAUGUGGUGCUCUAGCACAGCGUUAACACUCUGCUCGGCCUAUGCUGGAGCAAACGCCAUAUGCUCGCCAAUCAGAACGGCGCAUGCGCUGGUGGCAUCUGGAAAGGGCACUAACGCUGAUGUGAGCAAUGACACAACAAGUUGGAGCAUUCAAAUAUGUUGCCUGCGGACGCUGAGACUGAUAAAAGAAGCCUCUGAAGAGGUGCGGAUGCACGUAAGUUGAGCGUUGCAGCAUACUUUCUUUCCAUUUCAGUGACGUCACAAAUGCGAUCGCUCAACCAACGUCACCUAGCCCAAGCAUUAUGCAAUCUGCCACAUGCUUGUGUCUCACGGUGUCACCUGUGUGUGAAGGCUGCGACGCCAUAGCCUAGAUGUCAUCGGCUUACUGGCCGCUUUACAGGGCCUGCUAUCUGUAGGUGUUUCAGCAGUUUCAUUAGAUUUCGUUAGUAGCGCAGUAAUACGAAUAAAUUGACUUCCACCUAGGCUGGCACCUAGGUGGUCUUGCGACCCCACCGUCCAUCAGGAUGGUGGGUUCGCAAGAACUAGUAGUUGCGAUAGCCGAUCACGCAAUAACUAAGUUGGGGAAGCGUUAUCACCUAAUAUAUCGCUGCUAUCGCUUCAUUUGAUCCAUUCAGGCAGAAAGGGGACAAGCCGCCGGCUUAAAGGAACGUUUGUGGGAUAAUGAGGCUGACCACAUUGCGUCAGCCAACCACGUGUCCAGGCUGCAUACGUUCGUGUUUUCGCACCUUGGCUGGUGUAAUGUCCCGGCAUGUUUCGUCAGAUUACUCUUCUUUGGUUGUCGUCCGCACUUCCUCUGUAUGCCUUCGACCACGAGAUAGCCAAACAAGUCUGUUUUCGUACAAUAUGUUGUUGUUGGAGUAUGAAGGCACGGUUGCCUCUGUCGCAUGUGCGCUUGGGACGCUUCAAAAUCACUUUUUUUAUUUUUUGUGCUGUUGCGGAAACCUAUUGUGGACGAGGAUAGAUCGUUCUUUCAUUCGCAAAAAUAAAAACUUAGAACAAGAGAUAUGUAGGUAUACUUACAGUGCACGACGCCAGAUUAUCAGUGCUACUUGACGCCUAAGGUGAACAUCAAGGGAUAGGCUUAGGGUCGUAAUGCUCUAAUGUGUGUACAACCUGCGUUUUUUUUUUUUGCAGUCACCGUUCGCGCAAAUCAUUCACGAAGACAAUCUUCGCCAGCAGUUGACCGAAAGGAUUGAGGCGAGCCGACUUUUUCGCUCUUUUAAGAUGACGCCUGCUGACGAAGAUAGCUUUCUUCUCUCAACAUUUAACCCCUUCACACUUCUUCAUGUAUCUGUGAUUUUAACUAGUUAUGCCCACUGCAAAAGCUGUCAUGUUUGGAGUGCCAUCGAAUGGGCGUCUCUGUCAAGACGGGCUGAACAAAUAUUUCCCCGGAGCGCGUUCACGCAGCUGUUGCAGAAGCAAACUCGGGAACUUUGUGUUGCAUACAGUCAUGUGAUGGUCUCUAUAUAUGCGCUCACACAAUAGUGUUAGUGCACGUCGAGGUGUUUUAAUCAAUUUUGUAGUUCACCGGUCAGCAAGAAGACACUGAGUGUACAAUCAAAGGACGCAUGAAAAUCGUGAACAGUCAAAAGAAGCCAGUUCGUAUGCAUGCCCUCUAGCGCUACAUGUGCCACCUUGACUGAGACCAGAACUAGCUCCUAUUAACUGUUGAGCGAUUUUGUCCGCUUAUAUUAUGUCUCCAAUGUGGCCUGCCGGCUGGAAGCCCCCACUUACGCCGCCUUAGUAUCUUCAAAUGUUGGCUGUAGUCUCGUCAACGCCAUGUUACAUGUUUUUAAGAGUACUGGUAC